UUCCACAUACCUGGUCAUUGUCACGCAGGCGUGCAGGGUGUGUGGCAACCAAAGAAUACCUUUGUGGAACACGAGUGGGUGUCACCGCAUCAAGCCGCCAACCAACGGGCCCAAACCCACGGAAGAUCGCAAUGCUAUCUGCCGUACCCCGCCGCUGAAGGUAUGAUGUAACGAGAUGUCCUCAAUGCCGCAUUGAGAAGGUGGCCAGAUCGCUGGGUUCAAUAUGAGAUCAGCUCGGACUUAUUAGACAAACACCGGCGGACAGUCGCGUGUUGACGCAGGUGGGCAGAUUUUUCGUAUUUUGCCUUCAUUCGCACUUUCCUCGACAAAUCUACACAGAAACAUCCUCCAUCAAGCAAAUACACAUCACACUCACGACAACGUCCAAGAUGGCUGUGGAAAGCAAGUUCGAUCCUAAGGAUAUGGUGUUCCGUCACCUGGGCCCUACUGGACUCAAGGUGUCGGUCCUGUCGCUUGGCGGCUGGCUCACAUACGGUGGCACUCAAAAGGGCAACGUAGUCAAGGAUUGUAUGGAGGCGGCGUGGAACCACGGCAUCAACUUCUUUGAUACUGCCGAGGUAUACUCCAACGGUCAGUGUGAGAUCGAGAUGGGCCAGGCAUUCAAGGAGCUCGCAUGGCCGAGGGAUGAGUAUGUGCUUUCGACCAAGGUGUUCUUCGGCACCGGCAGGAAGGAGCCCAACACUCGAGGGUUAAGCAGGAAGCAUGUAGUCGAAGGUCUCAAGAGCAGUCUGCAGCGUCUUCAGCAGCCGUACGUUGAUAUCGUGCUCGCUCACCGACCUGACGUCGGCACGCCGAUGAAGGAGAUCGUUGAAGGCUUCACCCAGUGCAUCCGCAACUUGAACCUUGCCUACUAUUGGGGCACGAGCGAAUGGAGCGCCGUCCAGAUCAUGGAGGCUACUCAAAUCGCGGAGCGGUACAAUCUUAUCGCACCCAUCGCGGAGCAGCCGCAAUACAAUGCCUUCCAUCGUCAACGCUUCGAGGUCGAAUACGCUCCGCUCUUCGAGCAGUUCCAGUACGGUACAACCAUCUGGUCACCGCUCGCAUCUGGCCUGCUUACGGGCAAGUACAAUGAUGGCAUUCCCGAGGACAGCCGCUUCGCCACCAACAAGUCUUUCUUCGAGAGCACCAUCAAGUCGCUACAGACUGAAGAGGGCAAGGCCAAGAUUGCUAAGGUGCGCAAGCUUACUGAGAUCGCCGAGAAGCUUGGCGGCAGUGUCGCCUCGUUGGCCCUCGCCUGGUGUGUCAAGAACGAGAACGUGAGCACGGUCAUUCUCGGUGCCACCAAGGUGCAACAGAUUGAGGAGAACUGCAAAGCGCUUGGCUUACUUCCUAAACUGACGCCGGAAUUAAUGGAGGAGAUCGAGAAAGUGCUUGACAACAAGCCCGCGCCCCCGCCGUCCUUCGGACGUCAGCGGUAAGCGUCUCCAGUGGUUACGAUAAAGCUGGCAACGCCGCUAAACUCACCACCGUUUGAACAAUACAUGGAAAAGCGGCUCAUGC